CAUUAGUUUAAUUACGUGCCCGGGAAUUGCGGCCAUUUGGACUUUGGCAUUCGACCUCAUUCUUAAAAAUAAAAAAAAAAAAAAAAAGGGGGGGGAGGGUUCUGGCGUAGAGCGGGGCUGUGCGGGCGCAGCGGGGGCCGCGCCUCGCCCGCAGCGUCUCCGGCCGCCGCCGGGGACCCGCACAGCAACAUGGCGGCGUCCGGGGCCCGCGGCUGCGGCCUCUCGGGGCUACUGCCCGCGCAGACGUCGCUCGAGUACGCCCUGCUGGACGCCGUCACCCCGCAGGAGAAGGACGACCUGGUCUACCAGUAUCUGCAGAAGGUGGACGGCCGGGAGCAGGACCUGCCGGCGCCCGAGUUCCCGGAAGGAUUAGAAUGGCUGAACACAGAAGAGCCUAUUUCUGUCUACAAGGACCUGUGUGGAAAAGUGGUCAUCCUUGAUUUCUUCAGCUACUGCUGCAUAAACUGUAUUCACUUGUUGCCUGACCUCCAUGAGUUAGAACACACAUACUCUGAUAAAGAUGGUCUUCUGAUUGUUGGUGUUCACUCGGCUAAGUUUCCAAAUGAAAAAGUCCUGGACAACAUUAAGAGCGCUGUUCUCCGAUACAAUAUCACUCACCCUGUGGUUAAUGAUGCGGAUGCCAGCCUUUGGCAAGAGCUAGAGGUGUCCUGCUGGCCAACACUGAUUAUUCUUGGACCCCGUGGAAACAUGCUGUUUUCUUUGAUUGGAGAAGGACACAAAGAUAAAUUAUUUUUGUAUACUUCAAUAGCUCUAAAGUAUUACGGAGACAGAGGACAAAUCAGAGAUAAUAAAAUUGGAAUCAAACUCUACAAAGAUUCUCUUCCCCCUUCACCACUGCUGUUUCCUGGCAAAGUAACUGUAGACCACGCUACUAAUAGACUGGUAAUAGCAGAUACUGGACAUCAUAGGAUUUUGGUUAUUUGGAAAAAUGGACAAAUUCAGCACAGUAUUGGAGGACCUAACCCUGGAAGAAAAGAUGGACUAUUUUCCGAGUCAACUUUUAACUCUCCACAAGGUGUAGCCAUGAUGGAUAAUAUCAUAUAUGUGGCAGACACUGAAAACCAUCUUAUAAGAAAGAUUGACCUAGAAGCUGAGAAGGUGAGCACUGUAGCUGGCAUUGGAGUUCAAGGUACAGAUAAAGAAGGAGGAGCAAAAGGAGAAGAACAACCUAUUAGUUCCCCUUGGGAUAUUGCUUUUGGAACAUCAGAUGCAGAGGUCCCCAGGAAUAAUACCUUGUGGAUAGCCAUGGCAGGGAUUCACCAGAUAUGGGCACUCCUGCUGGAGUCUGGCAAGUUGCCGAAGAAGAAUGAGCUGAAAAAAGGAACUUGUCUUCGGUUUGCGGGCAGUGGAAAUGAAGAGAAUCGAAACAACGCAUAUCCACACAAGGCGGGUUUUGCCCAACCCUCAGGUCUCUCUCUGGCCUCUGAAGAUCCCUGGAACUGCCUGUUCGUAGCAGAUAGUGAGAGUAGCACUGUGAGAACUGUCUCCCUGAAAGACGGAGCAGUGAAGCACCUCAUUGGAGGAGAAAGAGACCCCAUGAAUUUAUUUGCUUUUGGUGAUGUUGAUGGAGUAGGCAUCGAUGCAAAGCUUCAGCACCCACUUGGAGUAGCGUGGGACAGGAAGAGGAAUUUGCUUUAUGUGGCAGACUCCUAUAACCACAAGAUUAAAGUUGUGGAUCCAAAAAUGAAAAGCUGUACAACAUUAGCAGGGACUGGAAGCACAAAUAACGUUAAUAGUUCCAGUUUUACUGAGGCGACUUUUAAUGAACCAGGAGGCUUGUGUGUUGGAGAAGACGGCCGAUUAUUAUAUGUAGCAGACACCAACAACCAUCAGAUUAAAGUGAUGGAUUUAGAAACAAAAAUAAUUUCUGUGCUGCCCAUUUUCAAAUCUGAAAAUGCUGUGGUAGAUGGCCCAUUGCUUCUAGAAAAACCAAAGACAGUGCCCAAACUGCCUAGGUCUGCCCCGGCCAUCAGGCUUUCCCCGGUGACUGUUUGUCCUGGUCAGACUCUGCAGUUCAAACUCAGACUGGACCUCCCGUCAGGAGCAAAGCUAACUGAAGGAGUACCCAGUUGCUGGUUUCUAACCGCUGAAGGCAAUGAGUGGCUUCUUCAAGGACAGAUGCCAUCUGGAGACAUAGAGAACAUUUCCAACCAACCAACAAUUUCACUUCGAAUUCCUGGCAAUUGCUUGUCCCUUGAAGUAGUUCUGUCUAUCAGCGUGUUUCUUUAUUACUGUAGUGCAGACAGCAGUGCUUGCAUGAUGAAGGGCAUUACGUUCAGUCAGCCUUUACAGAUAGCAGACACACAAGCGGGUUGCGUAGCUCCAGUAGAGCUCAAGCAUGUAUUUUAGCAAGUCAGCCAGCAGCUGCUUACCAUAGCCCCCACCCUUCAUCAACUACCUUCACUGUACUUUAGGAAAAAAAAAACACGUUACUUCUGCCUCUGGAUCCCUAGAUGGAUAUUGCUCACUUCUAGCAACUUAAUAUAAAAUAAAGCUAUGUUCCUUGUUUUCUUUUUAUUAUAAAGAAAUUCCUUUAUUCUAGCUGUGCUAGCUAAGUCAUUUAUUAUUAUUUAAACCAUGAUGGUGUAAUCUAUGCUGCUAUUCUGUAUAAGACUUUAGUCUACACUGUAGUAGAAAGUACUACCAUAAGAGAAUUUGCAGUGAAUACUGAAAAUAGUACCAGGCAUUUUAACUGACUUUUUAAAACCUUUUUUAAAUAGCAUUCAGCAUAUUUGAAUAUAUAAAUUUCAUAGUAACUUUACACAGACCUAAGCUCCAGUUCAUAUUUGUAUAAGAACACCUGCAAUUCAAGGCAUAAGGUCUGUUUUAAGCCAAAAAAAAAAAAGUGUUUUCAUUACAGUAGAAACUUGAAGAGUAUGUGAGUGGCUACACAUAAUCUUUAUUUUCUUCUGUGAUAUUGUCAGUUGAGAUAUUUUUAAAAGAGAGUUUCGAUCUAUUAGAAAUUGUUUUAACAUACCACUACUAAUGCUUUAUAAUUUUAUAUAGGAAAAGGCAAGCAUCUAAGGGGAUGCAGACCUACUCCUUUAGCUGGUUUGGUGGUCGUGGUGGUGGUGUAUUGUGGUAGUGUUGUUUGUAUUUUUUUUUUUUGAACAAACACAUUCUUACCAGAUAGUGAUGGGGUCCCCAGAAAUAAUACAAUUUUCAAGGAGGAAGGACUUAGGACACGUCACUGUCUGUGAUAAGGAAAUUAUUGUGACAGCUGAAUCUGAUAUAGAUAGAUAGGUAUGUUAUUUUGGAAAUUGAUUUCACUUAUAAGCAUUAAAUGCAGGUUUAUUGGGUUUGGGAUUUUUUGCAGGGGUACCCAUAUUCAGAAUUUAAAUUAUCAUUCAUUGUGAUGUUUUUAAAAAUCAGAUUUAAGCCUUCAAAUUAUAAUUUUCAAUGGAAAAUACUUAAUAUAGUUAACAGGUAUAGUAUAUUCUAAUAUACAACUCUAAGAUAUUAGGACUAAAACAUACAAUGAUAUGUAUGCACUUUCUUGGUUUUUGUUUUUCUAACCCAAAGGAAAUAUUCACUGAACAUUAGCAGGUUUGUAAAAUUUAUUAUCGUAAUUUAUCUUUUCUUUUUUUUUUUUUUUUGAGACAGUGAGCGUCUCCUUAAGUUACCCCAGUUGGGAUGGAACUUGGGAUCCUCUUGCCUUAGCCUCAAGUGCUAGGAUUGCAUGGAUGCACCAGUUCAUAGUUUAUCUUUAUAACUGUUUAAAAGCCUAUUUUUGUUUUUCCUAAAACUGAUUCAACAUGUUUAUAAUUUAAUCAGCUUAUAAAAAUUUUAAAACAUCAGGUAACCGUGGUUAUUUAUUUAAUAAAUAUUUAUAGACAAGAUGGCAUAAUAUGCUUUCUCUCCUUCAGAAACAAUGGUAAAUUUAAAAUGUAAUCUGAGGCACCAUUGUCUGUCUACCUGUAUAUUUUUUGAAAUACAGUUUUGCAGCAUUAUUUGCUUGUCUUAUUUACAAGGUUAGCAAAAUCUCUGAAGUAAGAGAGUAUAUCAUGACUGUGAUUUAAUUAGCAGCCAGCUAAAGCUAUUUUUAAAGAGAAGUAUAAAUGUAAAAUGAGAAGGAAUCCUAUUUAAAAUUAUACAUAGUUACCUCAUAAACCUACUCCCUCUGCAACCAACCAAAAUAAUAAUGUUCUAUAAUAAAAUGAUGUAAAACAGUGA